UUCUUUGUACCCACCACUCCAUAAUUUCUUUCUCUAUCUCUCUCUAUAUGGAUUUGUCAUCAGCUUCUUUGGACUCAAGUUGGUGGGUUUUUACCCUUCCAGCUACUUUGCAAACCCAUAACCUCUUAAAUCCUAUGUUCUUGUUCUUUGUCUUAAUCUCUUUUCUUGUUAUUACCUCUUCAACUUGGUUUUUCUCCAAUGGCGGCCUUGCCUGGAGAAAUUGUAGAAACCAAAUGGGUAUUAUCUCAAUUCCAGGUCCUCGAGGCCUACCCUGGUUUGGAAGUUUAUUAAGUUUAAGCCAUGGGUUACCUCAUCGUACGCUUUCUCGCAUGGCUUCAGCUUUAUCCGCCAAACAGCUCAUGGCUUUUAGUAUAGGUUCAACUCCUGCUGUUGUAACUUCAGAUCCUCAUAUUGCUCGUGAAAUUUUAACCUCUACUAAUUUUGCUAAUAGACCCAUCAAGCAAUCUGCUAAAAGCCUCAUGUUUAGUCGAGCCAUUGGGUUCGCCCCGAACGGGGCUUAUUGGCGUCUGCUAAGAAGAAUAUCAUCUGUUCAUUUGUUUUCGCCGAAGCGUAUUUUGGCUCAUGAGCCUUGGCGCAAACAAGCUUGUGAUAUUAUGUUGCGUCUGGUUCAAAAAGAGCAGUCUUUACGUGGAGUUGUUUCCUUACGUAAACAUCUGCAAAAUGCUUCUCUUAAUAAUAUAAUGGGAUCUGUUUUUGGAAAAAGAUAUGAUCUUAUGCAAUUUAGUGAAGAGACUAAAGAAUUGCAUGAGCUUGUUAGCGAAGGGUUUGAGCUUUUGGGUGCUUUUAAUUGGUCUGAUUAUCUUCCCUGGCUUAACCAUUUUUAUGAUCCCGUUCAUGUUAAAGAACGUUGCUCUGUUCUUGUUCCUAAAGUCAAUAAACUAGUAAAGCAGAUUAUUGAAGAACAUUAUGAUCAGAGUAAAAAACCUAAAGAGCUUCUUGAUAACUCUGAUUUUGUUGAUGUCUUGCUUUCUUUGGAUGGAGAUGAGAAACUCCAAGAAGAUGAUAUGGUGGCCGUUCUUUGGGAAAUGAUUUUUCGUGGAACUGAUACAACUGCACUUCUUACCGAGUGGAUCAUGGCAGAGUUGGUUUUAAACCCUCAAAUUCAAGCCACGCUAAGAAAUGAAGUUGAUUUGGUUGUAGGAGACAAGAGCACUGUAACUGAUGCUGUAAUAUCAAAAUUACCCUACCUUCAAGCUGUAGUCAAGGAAACCCUACGUAUGCAUCCACCGGGGCCCCUACUAUCUUGGGCGCGGUUAUCAACAUCAGAUGUACACCUCAGCAAUGGCAUGGUGGUCCCCAAGAACACAACUACAAUGGUCAACAUGUGGGCCAUAACCCAUGACCCAAAAAUAUGGGAAGAUCCAAUGGUGUUUAAGCCUGAAAGGUUUAUGGAGAGUCUAGGUGGUGCUGACGUGGAUGUUAGAGGUGGUGAUCUUAGGCUUGCACCAUUUGGGGCUGGUCGUAGGGUUUGUCCUGGCAAGAACUUGGGGCUCGCCACGGUUAACCUUUGGGUGGCUAAGUUGGUGCAUCAUUUUGAAUGGGUUCAAGACAUGGCCAACCCAGUUGACCUAAGUGAAGUUUUAAGACUUUCUUGUGAAAUGAAGAACCCUCUCUGUGCUGUGGCUAUUCCAAGAAAUAAGUAAAGUAUUUUCGUGUUAAUUCAGCUUUUCAAGAGUUGGGUUUAGCCUAAGAUUCGAAUGUUGGUUUUCUAUUUUCAGGGCUUUUCGUGUGUCCUAUGCAAUGUAUUUAUUGUUGUAUGUUAUGUGAGUAAUAUAUAUGGUGAGACUUUGGGAAUAAAAUUAAUUAUAUGAAUGUUUUUUUUUUUUU